GGCUUUCUCAGCGCUGGAGUCAUCCGCUGCUUUUGUGGGCAAAUUCAUUCAUGUUGCAGCAGUGGUGUAACCGGUCGCGUAGUAAUUGUCCUUGACAAAUAAAAAGUGUUAUCUGCUUCUAAAAGCAAAAUCCCUGCCUUGAAACUGUCAGUCAGUACUGAUGGAAAUAUGGAUCCAAAAACAGUAGUGAAGGAUAAGUUUUUCAUCGUGAUCCGCGGAAAGUCGAGGAAAGGCUUCUGCAGAGGAUGUAUCGGCCGCGUGGAGGCGGAGGUGCAGCGCGGGGAGCUGAUGGGGCUGCUGUACUGCGGCGGCAGCAGCGCGGGGAGCCCGAAGAGCGGAGGCAUCGUGCGGAGGGAGGACACCUACCCUCUGACCCGCCACCAGGCCCAGCUCCUGCUCUUCAUCUCUCUUGCGAGCAAGCGCCUGGAGCUGCUUUGUAACCCGCAGCUGUUCUCUGCUAUCUGCGAGCUGUCUCAGGGGGACCUGGUGGUGGUGAAGCACAAGAAGGGACACUUGCCAGCGCUGGUCAAGAACCUGAUGCAGAUUGGGAGGAAGGAGAGCAAAGACGACCUGCACAUGCUCGGCUUUGAGUUGGAAUAUGUGGACAGUGAUCACAAUUUGUCAUCCAAGAAACCUGCUCCUCUGCCCCUGUUCAGUGCUGCAGACAUCGUCCAGGUGGUCCCAUCCUACUCCGUUCCCCUCGGACUCCACUGGAAAGAUGGCCAGUGUGGCAGUCUGCACAGAAAGGCAGUGACGCGCAUCAACUCCAUGCCAAAUAUAGGAUCUCAUGCACGACCAGUGAGGGAGAGCCUUACAGAACAGAGUGUCAUUCAGAGCCAAAGUUCAAACACAUCUCAUGUGCCUUUGGAGGUGGGGUCCAUGGUGGAGGUGGUGUCCAACUCGGGGAUCACAGUGUACGGAGUCAUCCAGUGGUUGGGGUUCCUCGAAGGCAAGACUGAGGAGUGGGCUGGCAUUGAACUGGACUAUGAGGUGAACGGCUGUUCUGAUGGAAAGUACGGAGGCCAGAGGUAUUUCACCUGCAAAGGAAACAGGGCUUUGUUUGUUCCCAUCACAAAGUGCAGCCCUGACAGCAGGUUUGUCUGCUCCUCUACAGGAAGGGAGACCCACAAACCCAUCGACACACCUCCAGUUCCUCUAUUUGAGGACCCAGACGAGGAUGCACCACCUAUUCCUGAAUCAGAGGUCCUGUCUUUAUUAGUGGGCAAAAUGAAGGGGAUUCAGGGUCAUUUUAACUCCUGUUACCUUGAUGCCACUCUCUUCAGUUUGUUCAGCUCAUCUAUGACCCUGGAUAAUAUCUGCCAGAAGCCUGCUGACUCAGAGCAACCCAUAGCCUGCACUCUCAGAAAAAUAGUCAACCGUUUACGCAGACAAGGAUUUGUGCCUGCUGAGAGUGUGAUGAAUUUCCGUAAACAUCUUGGCUGCGACACUUUCCGAACAGAGGAAAAAGACCCGGAGGAGUUCAUUACUGUCCUCUUUCAGAAAGUGCUCUGCAUGGAGCCACUGCUUAAACUCAGAUCGAGAGAAGAAACAUGUCAGGGUGCCUACACCUUUCAGAUUUUUCUAGAAAAAGAACAGAUGGGAAAGAUGCCCACCGUCCAACAGCUACUGGACACAUCCUGCCUGUCAGGUGACCUCAAGUUUGAAGAGAUGCCAUCCUGUCUAAUAGUUCAGAUGCCAAGGUUUGGAAACAAGUAUAAGAUGUUUUCUCACAUCAUUCCCUCCACUGAACUGGACGUCACAGAUCUCCUAUACAACUCUCCAAGGGAAUGCUUCAUCUGUGGGCACUUGGCAGAGUAUGAGUGUCUUCAGUGUCUACCAGAUCGCAAACUGCAGCCAGGGAGAAUAAAACAGUACUGCACUAUAUGCAAAACACAGGUACACACUCACCCUUCACGGCAGGGUCACUCCCCCAAAGCUCUAGCAGUACCAGCAGGUGUAGCCUCUGAUAGUCCUGCACCCAGGCACAUGAUGCAGCUGUUUGCUGUGCUCUGCAUUCACACCAGCCACUAUGUGUCCUUUGUCAAAUACGGCCCUGAUCCCCACUCCUGGCUCUUCUUCGACAGCAUGGCAGACAGAUGCGGUGACGAUCAACAUGGCUACAACAUUCCAGAGAUCCGGGCUUGUCCGGAGCUGGGUGACUUCCUGUCGCAGCCAGAGGAGGAGCUGGCCUGCUUGAACUCCUCCCAGGCUCCUGAACUACUGCGUAGGUUGCUGUGUGACUCCUACAUGUUUUUCUACCAAAAGCCAGCCACGCCACUUUCAUAGCCAAACCAUGAGGACUUGUGAACGCAUGCGAUGACGAGGACGCAACGUUCCCACAACAGUGCCUUAAUAACCUUGCAUCUUUGCUUAAUCAGCAAGAUUUUGUGUUGGUUAUUACAGUCAUAUAGCAGGAACUGAAACGGAUGUUUUAACAUCACAGGGAAAAAAAUGUAUUGUUCACAAAAAAAAACAAAUGUAUUUUUCUAACAUUUAACUAUGAAUGAUGGAAGUCAGAGUUAAUGUAGAUAUGUGAGGAGAGAUACAGCGAGCAAACCUAUUACACUCUGAACUCCUCACCAUUGCUUUCUUUAUCUCCUGAACAUCUUGCUGUUGUCCCAGUCAUUAUUUAUACUAUGAUUUUUAAAUGACUUUAUUCUAGAUGUUUUUUUAUACCUGUUAUUUGAGAAGUUAAAGUCUGCAAGCACUUGAUACCAUGUUUGUGUGGUGUUGCAUAAUUGUAACUCUAGAUUGUGAAAUGAAACCUAGGAAACAGUUACUGAAGCCUCCCAGGUCAUUUAAACUACAUGCUUUUCUUUUUGAUGAGCUUUCCCUUGAAAAAACUGAAUGUUGGAAAGUACAUGUAUGGUUGUAUUGCAUUUACUAUAAACAGUUGCACAGUGUUCAGUAUUCACUAGGACAUAUUGCUGGAUCUGUAAUAUAUUUUAAUUUAUCAAUAAAAAACGUAAAAAUU